AUGGUUCUCCCUGCCCCAUUUCCCCUUCCCGCCUCCCCCUUCCUCCCAUUCUCCUUAACCCCUUUUCCUGUUCCCCCCCUCCGCCUCCCCACCCACUGGGCUGCAGUCGUCCUUCCGUGUGCUGCCCUCAACUGCCCAAUAUCCACUGCCCCUGUCCCUGUCUCCCACUUCCCCCCUCUCCCCCCCUUUCACCUUCCCCCUCCCCCCAUUUCCUUCCCCCCCUCUGCCUCCCCACCCUGGGCUGCAGGUGUGCAUACGCAGCUGCCCGGCGCUAGCGCAAUAACUUUUCUGACAUACAAGGUCAAGCUGCCGGCGAUCGACCCGUACAUCGACCCUGCCUUUAAAGUGGCGAAGCAGCUGGGAAAAUGGUGGAAGAAAAUCUUCCCACCAAUGCUGUCCCACCUGAAAAAGAGAUCGGAUUUUGAUACUAUUGCCCGAAAAACCAUCGCGAGCCGGACUCUCACUGCUCUGUUCAUCGCAAGCUAUGCCAAGCCUGCUCAGGGGAAUGAUCGGAGCACAGUGACUUUUGUGGAUCCUGGGACAGAGGACAAGGCAGCAGCACUGGAAGAAUUCAAAGAUUCACACUAUGAUGCUGCUAAGCUUGACCCAACAGGAGUCGUUGAUUUCACGCUGCAGUUUGGGCACAUGCCAUGUGGAAAAGUGAAGUGUGUGAAGUGUUAUGCGAUCCGUGCAAAGGCAUGUACAAUUGCACCAACCUGCGUCAACGGCAAGUGUGGCAAUGCUGGGGUUGAGGCAGAUGGUACAAGCUGCACUGGUUUCGGUAAUGGAGGCAAUUCCUACUCAGGAACCUGUUCCAGUGGCGUCUGUUCUGGCUCGUGUUCCUUCAACAAUGGUGGCUGUGGCUCAUUCAUCUGCCAAGCUAAUGAGGGGAAGAACAGGUCAAGCUGUAUCAACCCACAUGACCACGGAUUUGCUCCGGCACCCAUGGCCACCAAUUUUCCGUUUGGCGAGACCUUGGAAUAUCAGUACCCUGUCAAAGCACUGGACUGCUUGAUGCUCUGCAAAGUCAACACCCAGUGUGCUCUUGCUGUUACGACAUGGGGCAAUGAGUGCUGGCUCAAGUCCAGCAUUGGUGAACCUGUUGCUGCAGAGACAUAUCAGACUUUCAAGAAGUUGUAG